UUGCUACCCUUUUUUAUGGUUUUCUGUUCUCUCUUUUGCGGGUAACUGUAUGGGAAACGUGAUGGACGACACGCCCUGAAUUCCGGGUUUCUUCAGAUUCCUGUAACGUUAAGAACAGGAGUACCUCCAUUGGGUUUCACCUGUUUCGCUUUCCCUAGUGUCGGUUUCUGCAUUUAUGGUGGAGCCAUUAGUGUUACCUUAGCAUGGAGCUUGCUGCUUCAUGAUGGGGGUCUAGCCGUGGGUGGCAUUGAUAGAUAAGAUUCGCUUGUGUGGUGUUCGCUUGAUUUCUCAGUCUGUCGUGGGCAGUUGGUGCUUCAUUGGGUUGUUCUUGGUAGAAGUGUUCUUUUCUGAAAUGGGCUUCGAAUUUUCAGGAGAUGUGAGAUAAAAUAUUGUGAUUUUUCUCUUUGGAAUUUGUCGUCUCCAUCAGUCAGUUUUUUAAUGAGUUUUGUGUUUGUUGAGUUUUUGGUGUGUAAUUUUUGUUGUUGAGUGAUUUCUUGAAUUAAUGCGUCUUUGUUUUUGUUGAAGCAUUUGCCUUUGGGUUGACGAUGUUCUUUCUUUCUUGCUUUUGAGAUUUCGAAGUGUUCCUUCGUCAAAAAUCUUGUAAAAGAUCAGCAAUGUAAAAUUUCUGAUGCUUCUCCUAGUUUUCAACGUAGAAAAAUUGUACUUUUUGCGGCCUUUUAACGAACAGGCGUUCAGUGGUGUUUCUGAAGAAUGGGGAGUGUGAGGAGAUCGAUGAAUAAGGUUGAAGUAAAUGAGAGUUACUUCAAGUUUACUAUGAAUUAUACAGGUUCUCUGAAGGCUACUUGGCAGCCAGUAAUGACGGCUAACACAACCAACUUCGAGUACUGGAUGCAUUGGCAAGUUUUUUUAUGCGCAAUAUGGAUACUUCUUGCGAUGUUUGUGGCCUCAGUUUUGAUUCUGAAGUACGACGCAUCAUAUAAACUGCGGGGCCGAGAAGCAGAUUCAGAUGGACAAAUGGAUGAUUGUUUGUACGCUGAUGAAUCUUGGAGGCCUUGUUUAAAAGAAAUCCAUCCUGCUUCCUUACUGAUAUUCCGGGUUGUUGCUUUCUGUUUAAUGGCGUCUCUUCUCUCAAUCAACAUCAUUUUGGACGGAGCAGAUAUGUUCUACUUCUACACCCAGUGGACAUUCACUCUAGUGACAGUUUACUUUGGGCUUGGAUCUGUGUUAUCCAUGUAUGGCUGCUAUCUCACUUUAAAAAAAGGGGGUAAUGAUGCUGACCGUUUCAAGGUGGAUACUGAGAGGGGCAGUUAUGUUCCUCCUGUAAGGGGGUGCAAUGGAAGUAUGGCUGCAAACAGUAACCACGGAGAAAGAAACACUCGUGAGAAGGCUGGGAUCUGGGGUCACAUAUUUCAGGUUAUGUUUCAGACAAGUGCAGGAGCUGUGAUGCUCACAGACUGUGUUUUUUGGUUCAUCAUCUUUCCAUUUCUCACUGUCAGAGAUUAUAGCUUAAAUUUUUUCAUGGUCAGUAUGCACUCAAUCAAUGCCGUGCUCCUUCUCAUUGACACUUCAGUGAAUUGCAUGCGGUUCCCAUGGUAUCGCAUUGCCUACUUCAUGCUAUGGACUUCUGUAUAUGUGAUCUUCCAAUGGGUUAUCCAUGCCUCUGUCUCUUUAUGGUGGCCAUACCCAUUCCUUGACUUAUCAUCUUCUUGGGCUCCUCUAUGGUACCUUUUCGUUGGCUUGCUGCACAUCCCAUGCUAUGCAUUGUUUUCCUUCAUUAUAAAGGCUAAGCAUUACUUCUUUGCAAGAUGGUUUCCUCAAUCAUAUCAAUGUUCAAAGUGAUACGUCCAGAGAAGUGGAGGGAAGGCCUUUUGGUCGGCUGUUGUCUUCCCUAAGAUAGCAUUUAUUACGGACAUCAGAUAUAAAGUUUUGGGAAAAAUGGUGCUAAACUUGGUCAUCAUCGUUGAAGAAAAUAGAAAUAGAAAUAGAAAUGAAAUUUAAAUUAUUGAAAGAUGUAAAUUCUUCCUAAAUCAGUGGCAGAUAUCAUUUUUACAGAAUUGUAAAAUGCCUCUCUUUAAGAAUCUGGACAUGAAGUGCACCGGAUGUAAAUGAUAAUUGAAGGGCUUUUACGUGUUAUAGUUCCAUCUG